AUGCGUCUCAUCUCUUUUUCUCUUCUGGUCACGGCCUUGGCGGCUUUUGUCAAUGCUGCUAACUUUGCAGACCUGGCGGCUCAGCUCCCCGCCUGCGAUCUGAAAUGUGUCCAACAAGCGAUACCGAAAUCGCCAUGUGCUAUGACAAACACAACAUGUCUCUGCACUGAUCAGACAUUUGCUGGUUUGACACAGGCUUGUGUCCUGGAGAACUGUACUGUCAAAGACUCAUUGACCUUGAUGCGGGUUCAGAACAUCGCCUGUGGUGUUCCUGUCAAGAGUCAGCAGAUGAAAUUUAGGAUCAACUCGAUUGUAGCCUGCAUUCUUGCCGAGAUUGCUGUCAUUCUAAGAAUCUACUCCAAGGUCAAGAUUCUUGGGAAACUAGGCCCAGAUGACUACUUCAUCAUGAUUGCAGCUGUCGCUACAGUUCCUUACAUAUGGCUCGCCUGCAGACUUGCCGAUCUUGGCUUUGGUCUAAACAUCUGGGACAUCCAACCAUUUGAUCGCUUAUACGAACUACUGAAACUCUUCUGGAUUGAUCAGAUCAUGUACAGUGUUCACUUGUACAGCACUAAGAUUUCCAUUCUCUUCUUCCUCCGCAGUAUCUUCACAACUUCGGAGUUCAAAAAGUUGACAUUGAUCAUUGGUGUCUUCGUCGCCCUCUGUGGAGCAGCUACCAUGGUUACCACUGGUCUUCAAUGUUUGCCUUCUUCAUUCAACUGGACCGGCUGGGAUGGUGAACACAAAGGCAAAUGCAAUGACCUCAACUCCCAGACAUACGCCUUUGGUGGAAUCAACAUGGCCUGCGAUAUCGUCAUCCUGAUUCUGCCACUCCCCCAUCUCUGGAAGUUGCAGGUCAAGGGACGUCAGAAGAUUCAGCUGUUUGUCAUGUUCAGCUUGGGUAUAGUUGUGACUGUAUUCAGCAUAAUUCGUCUACCGUUUCUGAUCAGCUUGGGUAAAACAAGCAACCCCACAUGGGAAUACGUUGAGGUGACCAUCUGGUCCAUUUGGGAAACCGAGCUGGGCAUGGUUUGCGCCAGUCUACCGGCCAUCCGCCAUCUCUUCAAGCACAUGUUCCCUAACGCCAUGGCUACCAUUGCGUCCAAAAUGAGUUUCUCCAGUUCAAACAAGGACUCCACUUACGACAAGGGCUCUGGCAGCUGGGGUGGCAGCCGUGGUACACGCUCAAAGCCUGAGAACAAGGCGUACUAUGAGCUUGACGAGCGGAGUCUGAUCGGCAAGGGUACAGAUCCUGCCACCAACGUGAGCACUACACAUGUUCACAACAUGGCAUAA